CAUCAUCACCAGCAAUUCUUCCUGCUACUUAUACGAGCUUCCGACGCCUCUCUCUCUCAACAACCUCCAUCGAAUUUCGGCUUUAAUAUAGCCCUGCAAAGGUCUGCUUCGCCACAUCUCCCACUUACCAAGCCUGCAAAUAUCCGCGUCGGCCCGAAUAGCCUCUGCCUAAAAGCUCCGUUUUCACGCCAGUAUGGAUACUACGCGGAUGAAACGCGCUGCGACUUGGACAUUCGCAGGCCUAUGCCUGGCGCUCGCCGUAAUCUCCUGCUGCCAUAUGGCGGACAAUUACCUCGUCAUUUCGUACCCCGACGCGUGCGCAACGUCGUCCGACCGCACCCAUUGCGCCGCAGAAUUCCGCGUGGCUCGGCGAUCCCUAGGCGUCGUCCAACAGUCGCUAGAGCAAGUAACCACCGCCAUGGUCGCGGCGGUCGAAGCGCAAGUCGCGGCGAUAAUCGCGGCGGCCGACGAGAUUAAAGCGUCCAACGUGCAAAACGACCAUUUUACGAACGCCAUGGCGAGAACCUGCGCGCGGCAGGCGAACAUCGCACUCCGGUACCUGGGGCAGGCGGCGGACGCGAUCGAGGCGGGCACGAACCAGCGCGAUGUUCCGUACUGGCUCGCGGCGGCCGACACGCAGGUCGGCAACUGCGUCGACGGCUUCCAGACCUUCUCGCCCGCCGCGCAGGGCCUCCCCGCUUACAUCCACCUCGAGUACACGGCGAAGAAAGCGGCCAGCACGCUCGACGCCCUCGUCGCCAUCACCAACGCCGCCGCGAAAGCCGCCGUGGCCACGGAUGCUGCCGUCCCAUCGACGGAGGAGGACGUGGCACCGGUGCGUGGACGCCGCAUGGCCGUCCGAUCGAGCACCGUGGGAUCCACCGGAAACGGCGCGCUGGACUGGCUCGAGCCGGGCUUGUACGCGCAACUGCAGCAGCUUCAAACGAGUCUGAACGCUGAAUUCGCAGCCGCUGCUGCUGGGGGAGAUAACGUGGAGAGGAGGGAGCUGUUUAGCCACCACCACCACCACCGCGACAGGAAGAGCAAGAAGGACAAGAGCAGCAGCAGCAGUGGCAAGUCAAAGUCGAGCAAGAAAGCGUCUCCUACUGCGGGACCGAUGGUGGUUAGUGCGACGCUGAACGCCAGCGCGACCGUCGGAUCUAGCGGGUACUCGACGAUCCAAUCCGCCGUCGACGCCGCGCCCGGCGGCUCGCGCUUCGUGAUCUACAUUCCCGCGGGGACGUACGACGAGCAGGUGCUGAUCGAAACGACGGACAUUGUGCUGAUCGGCGCGGGCGCGGAUAAGACGAUUAUUACCGGCGACGCGAGUGCGGGCAGCGGGUCCGGGACCUUCGAGUCGGCUACUGUCGGCGUGGAUAGCGACAGGUUCGUCGCGUUCGGAAUCAAGUUCGUCAACACGGCGGGCCCCGACAACCACCAGGCCGUCGCGUUUCGCGCGACGGGCGACCAAUCCGCGCUCUUCGAUUGCGCGUUCGACGGAGCGCAAGAUACGCUGUAUGUGGACGCGGGGCGACAGUACUACAAAAACUGCUGGAUUGGCGGCUCGCAGGAUUUCAUUUUCGGCGACGCGGCGGUGGUUAUCGACAGCCCCAAGAUCCAGCUACACCCGAGCCCCUCUUUUGUGACUAUAACGGCGUCGGGCCGCGCCUCCGACACGCCAACGGGGAUUGUGAUUCGCGAUGCUGUUAUCGAGGCAGACAGUAACGUGACUGAAGUGUACCUUGGCCGCCCCUGGAAGAAAUGCGCCUUCACCGUUUUUAUCAACGCCAACCUGCCCGCGAUGGUCGAGAAGGACGGCUGGCUGUCGUGGAACGAGGGCAGCUGCAUGUUCCUCGCCGAGGCGGGCAGCACAGGGCCGGGCGCUUCUUCCCCCGUGCUGACUGGGUGCAGCCCGGGACCAUCACUGACGUCACCGGCUACGAUGCCAACACCUUCACUGAGGUCAACAGCUGGCUCAGCUGGGCGGGCUAGGCUCGGACUAGGCUUGAGCAGCAGCAGCAGCAGCAGUAGCAGCAGUAGCAGCAGCAGUAGCAGGAGGAGCAACAGAUGCAUCAGUUUGUAGCUGAAAAUUAGAGUAAGCAUUGCUGCUAUAUGCAGUGGCGAACUAGCUUGGGUAGAGGAGAAGGCGAAUACUUGCGUGUUUGCCUAGAUGUUUGGUGGGUGCAAUAUUUGGAGUGCUUCAGCAGCCAUUCCUAUUGCUGACUAGUUUGGGAUGUUUAAUGUGAGCAAGGUUGUCAUCUCCCUUGAUGA